UUCUUUCAUUCACCUUUCUCCUCAUUAUACUAGCUAGCAAAACUCAUAAGAAAAAACAAUGGAAGUUUUGCAAAAUGGCUUUGCCAAAUUUGCCACCAUCACCAAACCUAUUGAGGUACCCCUUACUAAUGGUAAUGGAACAAUAAAUCACCUUAACUUGAUAACUGAAACUGAGGAUUUGAGCAACAUGGAUCCUUCAAGAGCCUUUGUUAACAAGGUUAAGCGUUUGAUUGUUAAGAUCAAAUGAAAAAGAGAGAACAUGGGUUACUUUAUGCGGCACAUGGAGCCGCAGAUGGACUUAUUUGUGUCAGGUUGGAACAGCUGUGGUUACUAGAAGUGAUGGAAGAUUAGCAUUGGGAAGACUUGGAGCUCUAUGUGAGCAGCUUAAAGAUCUAAACCUUCAAGGCUAUGAAGUUAUAUUGGUGACUUCGGGUGCUGUUGGUCUUGGCAGACAAAGACUUAGAUAUAGGAAAUUGGCUAAUAGCAGCUUUUCUGAUCUUCAAAAGCCACAAGGUGACCUUGAUGGAAAAGCAUGUGCGGCUGUUGGGCAGAGUAGUCUCAUGGCUCUGUAUGAUACUAUGUUUAGCCAGCUAGAUGUGACUUCCUCCCAACUACUAGUGAAUGAUGGGUUUUUUAGGGAUUCAGGUUUCAGAAAACAACUAUCCGACACAAUUACCUCGUUAUUAGAAUCGAAGGUCAUCCCCAUUUUCAAUGAAAAUGAUGCUGUUAGUACUAGGAAGGCGCCAUAUGAGCACUGCCUGCAGGAUUCUUCUGGUAUUUUUUGGGACAAUGACAGUUUGGCUGGUCUAUUAGCCCUUGAACUUAAAGCUGACCUUUUAGUUUUAUUAAGUGAUGUUGAGGGCCUUUAUAGUGGUCCUCCAAGUGACCCAAACUCAAAAUUAAUUCAUACAUAUAUAAAAGAGAAACAUCAAAGAGAAGUUACUUUUGGAGACAAAUCAAGAUUGGGCAGAGGGGGUAUGACUGCUAAAGUCAAUGCUGCUGUUUGUGCUGCUCAUGCUGGCAUCCCUGUUAUUAUAACUAGUGGCUAUGCCACAGACAACAUUAUACGAGUGCUUCAAGGGGAGAAAAUAGGCACUGUCUUUCAUAGAGAUGCACAUCUGUGGAAAAACAUAAAGGAAGAGAGCGCGCAUGAAAUGGCCGUCGCAGCACGUAACAGUUCUAGAAGACUUCAGGCCCUAAAAUCUGAAGAAAGGAGGAAAAUAUUGCUGGCAGUGGCUGAUGCAUUGGAGAAAAACCAAAAUAUGAUUAUGCUUGAAAAUCAGGCUGAUGUUGCUGUUGCUGUGGCAGCUGGAUAUGACAAGUCUCUGAUAUCACGUUUAACCCUGAAGCCUGAGAAGAUCUCUAGUCUUGCAAAGUCUGUGCGCGUGCUGGCAGAUAUGGAAGAACCAAUUGGUCAAAUUUUGAAGAGAACUGAGCUAGCUGAUGAACUCGUUCUGGAGAAAAUAUCAUGUCCUCUGGGUGUCCUCCUGAUUAUAUUUGAGUCUCGACCUGAUGCUCUUGUUCAGAUAGCAGCAUUGGCAAUUCGAAGUGGGAAUGGCUUAUUACUUAAAGGAGGAAAGGAAGCCCGAAGAUCAAAUGCGGUCUUACACAAGGUCAUAACUUCAGCAAUACCGGAUACAGUCAGUGGCAAACUUAUUGGGCUUGUGACUUCAAGAGAUGAAAUUCCAGAUCUACUCAAGCUUGAUGAUGUGAUAGAUCUUGUGGUCCCUAGAGGCAGUAAUAAGCUUGUUUCUCAAAUCAAGGAGUCAACAAGAAUCCCUGUUCUUGGACAUGCUGAUGGAAUUUGUCAUGUAUAUGUCGACAAGUCUGCUAAUAUUGAGAUGGCAAAGCAGAUAGUUAGGGAUGCAAAGACUGAUUAUCCUGCAGCCUGCAAUGCAAUGGAGACUCUUCUUGUACACAAGGAUCUAUGUAAUGGUGGACUUAACGAGCUUAUCCUUGAACUCCAACGUGAAGGUGUUCAAAUAUAUGGUGGACCAAAAGCUAGUGCUGUGCUAAAUAUUUCUGAAGCGAGUUCUUUGCAUCAUGAGUACAGCUCACUUGCUUGCACAAUUGAAAUUGUAGAGGACGUCUUUGUUGCCAUUGACCACAUAAAUAAACAUGGAAGUGCGCAUACUGAGUGCAUUGUCACAGAAGACUCUGAAGUGGCUGAGACAUUCUUAUCUCAAGUUGACAGUGCUGCUGUAUUCCACAAUGCAAGUACACGGUUUUGUGAUGGAGCACGCUUUGGACUAGGGGCAGAGGUUGGAAUAAGUACAAGUCGGAUUCAUGCUCGAGGUCCUGUAGGAGUCGAGGGAUUGUUGACAAAAAAAUGGAUAUUGAGGGGGAAUGGACAGGUAGUCGAUGGUGAUCGAGGAGUCUCUUAUACUUACAAAGAGCAGCUAAUAGAAGCAUAAUAGGCAUGUAGACAAAUAAUUCAAGCUAAUAUGCUCACAUCAUCAAAGCGGCAUCUCCUGUCUGAUAGAUUUUAAUAAGCAAAAGUUUCUGAGAUGCUGGCCAUGCAUAUUUGCUAUUACCCUUUCCAGAGGCUUUUUCUUACCUGGAGCAAGUUCAAAGGGGAGAAAAUAAUAAUCAUGUGAAUGUUGUAGUAUGACUAUGUUCGUAUUUCAUAAAAUAGUCGAAGUUUGUAAAACAGCUAUGCUGUGACAGUUAUAAUAUAAUUCCUAUAUCGUAGCGAAGUUGAAUAGUUGUGGAGGAGGGUUAUUCUCCCAGUUAUUAUUGUAGAGAACUGGAUUUGUUUUAAGCAGUAUUCAUGCCUUUAGACCGAAUUAUACUUAAUAAUUGAGCUACUUUCAAUCUAUAUGAUAUCUACUA